UCGGCAGUUGACACCGCGCGGCACACACCUGCGCAUUAGUUGCAAGCGCGCGGCAGUUGAGCGAGCUUAGCGCGCGAUCACCGGACGCCAUGGACCCCUGCGCGUUCGUCCGCCUCACGGUGGACCAGCUCCUCCUCAAGCUCCCCUCCGUGCCACGCCCCAGCUCCGGCGCCGGCGUGCACCCGUCCACCACGCCCUGCUUCUUCAUGCUCCACCUGCAGGACCACCCCUCCUCACUCUCCCGCACCGCGCCGCUGCCGCUCGCAUCCGCUGCCGCCGCACACGCCGACCCCGUCGUGCUCAGCCUCGACGCCGCCGCCUUGCAGAGGCUCUCGGCACGCCCUGCGGAGCUCGUCGUGACUGUGCACGUUGGACAGACAGGGAGCAACUGCGGCAUGAGCGCCGCACGCGCGCUGGGGCGCGUGCGGGUCGCGGUGGACGUGGCGCGCGCCGCGGCCGGGGAGACCGUCAUCGCCCGGGACGGGUGGGUGGACGUGGGGAAGCCGGCGUCAGGGUCGUCGUCCUCCGGCUGCCCCCGCGCCCAGAUUCACAUGGUCGUGUGGGCCGAGCCCGACCCGCGGUACGUGUUCCAGUUCGGCGGCGAGCCGGAGUGCGGGCCCGUGGUGUACCAGGUGCCGAGAGGAGGUGCUGGCGGCGGGCAGCGGCAGCCGGUGUUUACCUGCCGAUUCAGCACCGGCCGCAGGGCAACUCUUUCCAGAUCGCUGACGACGCAAUCGUCCAUGACCCGGAGCACCAGCCGUAGGCUGCGAUCCUGGCUCAGCAACACCCUCCACGGCGACGGCCGCGUUGGCGAGCACGCGCGGCGCGAGCAGCGCAAGGGCUGGACGGUGACCAUCCACGACCUGUCCGGCUCCCCCGUGGCGGCGGCGUCCAUGGUCACCCCGUUCGUGCCGUCCCCGGGCUCCGGCCGCGUCUCCCGCGCCAACCCGGGCUCCUGGCUCAUCCUCCAGGCCACGGGCGCGGGGCCGUCGAGCUGGAAGCCCUGGGCGCGGCUCGAGGCGUGGCGCGAGCGCGGGCCCGUCGACGCGCUCGGCUACCGGCUCGAGCUGAUCUUCGACUCGGGCUCCCACGAGUGCGCCGUCCCCAUCGCCGAGUCGUCCAUCAGCACCAAGCGUGGCGGCCAGUUCGUCAUCGAUCCGGCCACGUUCCCCGAGGUAGCCAACGGCGCCGCGUGGCCAUUCGCCGGUGGGUUCGUCAUGAGCUCCACGGUGGAGGGCGAGGGGCGGGCGAGCCGGCCCACGGUGCAGGUCUGCGUGCAGCACGUGACGUGCAUGGGCGACGUGGCGGUGUUCGUGGCGCUCUCCGCGGCCGUCGAUCUCUGCAUGGACGCCUGCAAGCUCUUCUCGCAGAGGCUCAGGAAGGAGCUGUGCCAGGAUCAAGACGAGUGAGAAGGGACCGACCCGACCCGAGGGAAGUGCAUUUGUGAUCUUGGGUUUUGCCUUUGUGCUGUGAGAUGUAUUGUUCAUGUGAUUAAUCUAGUCGAUUAGUUGUUGUUUCUUGUGGAUGUGAUGGCCUGUGGCUGUUUUUAUUGUAGGCUGGGUCGGAUCACAAGAACAGAACGUUGUAUGUUUAUUCUUUCAU